AUGGAUUCCAACUUGCUGCCGCCGAACAACAGCGCCAGUGUUUUGCUGGGUCAGGUUAAGGAUUACCUUACGAAAUACUUUCUGAAUAAUACAGAUGAAUUGGCUACUCAGGAUGGUAUGGUGUUUCGAGGUGACCGUAUAGUAAUCCCUUAUGUUCUUCGCCGCAAGCUCGUUGAUAGUUGCCAUGUUAGCCACAAUGGAACGGAAUCUACACUAAAAUUAGCCAGAGCUAAUCUCUUCUGGCCGGGCAUGUCUUCCCAAAUUAAAGAUGUCGUCAAAGAGUGUUCUAUUUGUGCUAAGUAUGCACCUUCUCAGCCGAAUCCUCCGAUGAUGAGCCACAACAUUCCUGUAUACCCUUUUCAAAUGGUUUCUAUGGAUGUUUUUCAAGCAGAGCACCGUGGCAUCAAACGUAAGUUUUUAGUUACUGUUGACCACUAUUCUGAUUUCUUCGAGCUUGAUAUUUUGAAAGACUUGACGCCGGAGUCAGUAAUCUUCGCUUGUCAGCAGAAUUUUGCCCGUCAUGGUAAACCACAGAGACUGAUCAGCGAUAAUGCGACCAACUUUUCAAAUGUCAAAAUGGUAAAAUUUGCCCGUGACUGGGAUAUCGAGUUAGUUACAUCAGCACCCCAUCACCAACAGGCUAACGGUAAAUCCGAGGCAGCUGUAAAAAUAGCAAAACGUUUAAUUACGAAAGCAGACGAAACUAACACUGAUUUUUGGUAUGCUCUCUUACACUGGCGAAAUAUACCAAAUAAGAUUGGUUCCAGUCCUGCGGCUCGUUUGUUUUCUCGUCAAACUCGCUGUGGUGUGCCUACAUCCGUAUCAAAUUUGCUUCCGAGAGUCGUAAAUGACGUUCCUACAAAAAUCGAGAACAAUCGUAAAACCUUUAAACGCAACUAUGAUAAAACAUGUCGACACUUACCUGAGCUACAGAUUGGUUCUCCGGUAUACACGCAGCUACAACCUGAGUUUUCGAAAACUUGGCGUGCUGGAACAAUUGCCGAUCGUUUAAGCGAACGAUCCUAUUUAGUCAACGUAGACGGAGUGGAUUAUCGUCGUAGUCUAGUGCAUUUGAAGCCACGUAAAGAACCGAACAUACUACCUGACCGCAGACCAUCAACGUUAGUUUCCAGUAAUAGUUUUUCAAACAGCGACAUUCAACUUGCUUCUCUUCCGGACGGUGAAAAAACGAAUGGUUGUCAAAUGGAAAGUCACGUUGCGCCACAGUUUUCUAUGAUUGAAUCACAACAAACUGCCUCCCCUUCAACAUCGCGUGGUGGCGCAAUGCGUUCUUCAACUUCGUGUAUUCCCACAACUCCAAAGCAAAAGGAAAAGAAUAACUUUGUACCGGAAGUGUCAUCUAAUCGCAGACCAAAACGAUUGACGCGUAUCCCAGAAAAGUUUAAGGACUUCGAAUUAGCCUUUAAGUGA